UCGGGGGCCGGCGGCGGCGUUGCUCCCGCGUCACAGCGCCGGGCACGGCGGGGAGAUGCGGCUCCUGGCGCUGGCGGCGGCCGUGCUGCUGGCGCGGGCUCCAGUCCCGGAGGUCUCUGGAGCUCUCAAUGUCACCGUGUCCCCGGGACCUGUGGUCGACUACCUGGAGGGGGAGAAUGCCACACUUCUCUGCCACGUCUCCCAGAAGAGGCGGAAGGACAGCUUGCUGGCCGUGCGUUGGUUCUUUGCCCGCCCGGACGCACAGGAGGCCCUGAUGGUCAAGAUGACCAAGCUCCGGGUGGUGCAAUACUAUGGGAAUUUCAGCCGCAGCACCUACCGGCAGAGGCUGCGCCUCCUUGAGAAGCGGCGCGGGGUGCUCUACACGCUCUCCGUCUUGACCCUCCAGCCAGCAGAUCAAGGGCGUUAUGUCUGCAAAGUCCAGGAAAUCAGCAAGCACAGGAAUAAGUGGACGGCUUGGUCCAACGGCUCCUCAGCGACGGAAGUGAGAGUGAUUUCCCUCAAAGCUUCUGAAGAUUCAUCCUUUGAGAAAAAGAAACAGACCUGGGCAUUUUUUGAAGACCUCUACGUGUAUGCCGUGCUCGUGUGCUGUGUGGGGAUCCUCAGCGUUCUGCUCUUCACCCUGGCCAUCAUCUGUCAGUCUGUGUUUAGCAAGAGGAAAUCCAGAGUGAGACACUAUUUGGUGAAAUGCCCUCAGAACAGCUCAGGGGAGACUGUCACCAGUGUGACCAGCUUGGCCCCAUUGCACCCCAAGAAGGGCAAGAGGCGGAAGGAGAAAGCGGACGUUCCUCCCGCAGUCCCUGCCAAAGCUCCCAUCGCCGCCACAUUCCAUAAACCAAAGCUGCUGAAGCCGCAAAGGAAAGUCGCCCUGCCAAAGAUUGCCGAGGAGAACUUGACCUAUGCUGAGCUGGAGCUGAUCAAGCCCCACCAGGCUGCCAAGGGCAUCCCCACCAGCACCGUCUACGCCCAGAUCCUCUUUGAGGAGAACAAGCUGUAACUCUGUGUCGUAUUUAAUAUCCACCACCCCAGUUAUUUAUGAAACCUUGGAUACAAAGUCCUUAUUUUUGUAUUUUCACUUGUGCCUUCUGUGUGGUGGAAGCCCCUUUGCAAUGGCAUUCUAGGUGCCUUCAGAGAGGCGUGAGGCUCCUCUCUGCAAACGAGCAAGGGCCGCAGCCCUUGGACAAAUCUCCCUGGACAAGAUUUUCUGGGUCUGAGCCCUGAGGGGUGAGGACUCUGACCAUCCAAGGAGAUUUUCUGCUGAGCCACACCCCUUCAUGUUUUCUUCUUGUUUCUCUGGGUUUGUUUGUUUGUUUGUUUUAUCUGAAUUUUAAUCUUCUGCUCUUCCUGUAUCUGUGAUAUCGAGCUCAUCGCAUAUAGCUAGGAAAUGCCAUUAUAAGCCCAAGUGUGAGAUGGUAGAUAUGUACUAAUUGGUUUUCAAAGGAUCAGAUAACAUUGCCAGGGCACCCAGAGCAGUGCAAAGUGCUUAUUGCAAGCAGUUACUCAAGAUAGCAUCUCUUGUUUUAAAUAGAUGCACUGAUCCUGGUGAUUCAAGGGCAGAGAGACAGAUUGUGGGGCAAUCUGAGGUCUAAGCUGACAGUGAACUGUCUGGAUACCCCAGUGCCUGCUUCCCUACCCAUUACCACCUGGAUGAGUAGAACAUCAUUCAUUCUGAAGGGCUUCCACCGCUUUGGCAGGGGGGCUUAUCCUGGUAUAGAGACAUAUUCUCCAAGAGGUUCUCACUCACCCUUUUCCAAGGGAGCAGGGGUUUUGCCAUCCAUUGACAGAACUGAGGAAGGGAGCCUCUUGGAAGUGUGCCGAAGUUACCAACUCUAAUUGAAUGUCCACUGUGUGAGAGCAAACUGUUGACUGGUUCCCCAGUGAUGGGAGAGCAGAAAGUAUAAGCUGAGCUGGAAAAAUGUGUCCUGAACACCCCCUGUUACAAAGUGCCUGGCCUGACUCAACUUCGCAUGUGAAUUCUAAUGGGCUUGGGUGGGAGGCAGGGAUGUGUGGCCAAUAGAUCCGUGGGGAAGUUGCUGUGUGGACCUCUGCGACAUCCAGGAUCUCACUGAAGGCGGAUCCGUUCUGGAACAGAGUCAUGCUGUCAGCUAUAUUGUUAAGGACACCUCUUGAUGUGUGAGUGUGCUCUGGGUGGAUUUUUACUGCACACUACAGAAAUUGUUUGGCUUUGUAAUGGACCAUGUAUAUACCAUAAAUUAUAUAUUUUAAACACAA